GAAGUCCACAAGGAACGUGAGAGGGCCCUUGAGGAGUUGGGUAUUACGGUCGAUAAGAAUAUGGUCGGAGUGCAUGCACCUAAGAGGGUUGGACGUAUGGAUGGUGACAAAACUACUGGUAUCUGCCUUAGUGGAGAUAAGAUUCUAGAAGAGCAUUGUUACCUCGACAACGACAACGGAGUAGUCACAAUACAAGCACCUCCUGAAAGUCUUACGUUGUUAAACGGUAAACGAGUCACCCCUGGCCAAUCUCACAAACUUCGUUCGGGGUACAGAAUUAUCCUUG